AUGAACAUUGAGAUGUUGGAGCCGUACAGUGUCAUUCAAUACUUGUGGUGCACUGUUGGACUAGAGAUAGACGAUGCCCAACUUCACAAUUUCUGGGCGGAACACCGCGCUCGGGGCACUCCGUGGGCUGUUGCUACCGAGACAGACUUCAUUCCGUUGGCGUUGUACGGGGAUGGUUGUCGUAUCCGUCAGGUUUCUCUUCAACCAGUGCAGAAAGCAAUUGGCAUUUUUCUUAGCUGCCCGCUUUACCGGCCCAAGGGUGCAAGGGCAUGCAGGUGGUUGUUAUGCACGCUCGAUGAGAACUUACUUUACAAGGAGGUCACCUUGAACAAAAUAUUCGCCAGGAUAGUCUGGAGCUUGAACCUUUUGUGGGAAGAUCGCUUUCCUGCCUGCGAUCCUUUUGGUCAGCCUGUGCCUGAAAGGUUCCGUGCCCGGAUUGGUACGCCAAUUACCGGGAAGCGUUUCCAGGUGGUCGAGUUCCGCGGAGAUUGGGUUUGGCAGAAGCAAGUUUUUCGAUUCAAUUCAACGUGGCUUGCUGGUGCUCGAAAGCCGGUUUGCUUUGCUUGUCCGGCAUACAGGACUGGACAAUGCAGAUACACCGACGUCACGGAGUCAAGUCCACUGUGGGAUAGGCAGUACACCUAUCUAGAGUUCCUGAAUCGCGAGAUGCCUGCAAGCGGGCUGAGCCCGGUGCUCCUGUUGCGGGGAUUCCACCACUCUUGUCUGGCUUUGUGCUCCAUGCACAUCAUCAACCUUGGCUUGAUGUAUGGUGUGAACGGAAGCUGUUUGAUGACAAUCUUGGAGAGCACUGAAAUGUUUGGACGCUAUGGUGAAAUUUCUCUUCAGGAGCAAAUGGAUUUGGCGUACCAGGACUUCAAGCAAUUCUUGAGGGCUUCAUCCAUUCCGUGCAGUCAACCUGCAUUCACGGUCAAAUUGGUGGUCAAGAAGAACGGUGAAGUCCUCAUGACAGGAAAGGCAUACAACAAUCGAUGCAUCCAGCUUUGGCUGGAGAAAGUGAUGCGCUCUGCUGCUGGAGACUACCUGCAUGCGGAUGAGCGUAUUGGCAAUAUGUCAGUUUGCAUGACGGCUCUGGCAAGAUUUAUGCACUUGAUUGAGGCUUCCCCUCGGUUUUUGUCUGUGGAGCAGGCGGCGGCCAUCCAUCGAGAAGGAAUGCUAUUUGCACGGCUCCAUGUUCUGCUGAAUCACCAAAGUGCCAGUCUUGGAAAGCCCCAUUUCAUCAUCCGCCCUAAGCUCCAUGCAUUUGGACACCUACUCCUUCAGAUUCGCAAAAACCGAUGCAAUUUUCGCUACUGGCACACGUUCGUGGAUGAAGACAACAUGGGAUGGAUGCGCAGAACCAUACUUAGAGCGCACGCUCUGCACCAGAGAUCGUGGGCUUUGCGGAUGUCGAAGCUUCGUUUGUGGACCCUCAAAUACAAAGUGAAGAAGCUUGGAAAAACUUCAACGGAGAGGAUGUGA